AAGGGGAAAAACGAGUUAACUAACGCGCAGCCUUGGCCUUUCCCCACGCGUCUGAAACUCACGCAUGACGUACUCCAGGACUCCAGUCUCCAGUUCCGGCGGUUCCGGCCUUCAGGCUUCAGCAUUUAUCGUUUGACAUCGGCGUCCACAGCGGGUCUGCGUCUCAGCGGCACAGAGACAGCCCACAGGUGUACUCUACUGUCCAAGCAGCCAAGCCUUCGGUUUUCAGUCUUCACAAGUUCUGCCGUUCUGCACUUCUGCCGCUUCUGGACUUGUGUUUAACUGGUUAUCAGACCAAUCUUUCGGCAGCCUCACCAUCAUGCAAGAUGCAAAAAAGUAUCCACUCCAUAUCUUCUAUGUACAUCUCCUCCAAGGCUCCAAUUGCACUCUGUUCUUUAUCUCUGCACACUCAUGGGCUUCGGCUAUAUGUGGACAGAGAACACACCACCGUGAACACCCUAAAAUCGAAGGUUGUGAGCUUGUAGCUUUUGAAGGACUAGUUGAUAAGGCAUCCAUCAUUGACAUUGCUAAAAAUUACAUAAAUGGCUGUUAAACUCAUGAUUCCUUACGGGGUCAUGGCCCAUUCAAGAUCUACAAAGCAUUGGAGUGCACUCCCAGUUUUUGCCAAGCGAUAUUAUUCUGGCAGUAAAUAUGAAGUUGAAGUUCAUGUGGAUGCCCUCAUAAUCAAAACCGGCUUUGAUCCCAGAACUUCUAGGUUUAACUUUCAGCUGAAGGAUUUAGUCAGAAGCAAUCAGAUAGCUCAGGCCGAAGAACUCUACGAACGCAUGCCUUGUAGAAACACUUGUUCAGCGAAUAUGAUGAUUUCAGGUUAUGUGAGUUCUGGCAAUCUUUCUCGUGCUAGUGAGAUGUUCGAUAGUAUGCCUGACCGCACAGAGGUGUCAUGGACAAUAAUGAUUGGUGCAUACUCACAUCACAAGCAACCCAAGGAAGCUUUUACACUCUAUGCUGAGAUGUGUAGAGCAGGGAUGAAUCCAGAUCAUAUCACCUUUGCAACACUUUUAUCUGGUUGUGGCGGGACAUCAACUGCAAAAGAAGUGCUUCAGAUUCAUGCCCAUAUCAUUAAGUUGGGAAACAGUUCAGUUUCCUUGGUGAGCAAUAGCUUGGUGGAUUCUUACUGCAAGUGCCAACACCUUGAUCUAGCCCUUCUACUCUUCGAAGAAAUCACGGAUAAAGAUUCGGUGACCUACAAUGCAAUGAUCACGGGAUACUCAAAACAUGGUUCAAAUGAAGAAGCACUAAUGCUCUUUCAAGAGAUGCAAUAUUUGGGCCUGAAGCCUUCAGAUUUCACUUUUGCUACGGUAAUUGGUGCUAUUGUUGGAUUGGAUGCUGCUGCAUUUGGGAAACAAGUCCAUGCACUUGCGAUUAAGACCAGCUUUGUGUGUAAUGUAUUUGUAGGCAAUGCCUUCCUUGACUUCUAUUCUAAACAGAGCCUUUUAGUUGAUGCAAUUAAACUGUUUGAUGAAAUGCCUGAGCUGGAUGGUGUUUCUUAUAAUAUUAUAAUUACAGGAUUUGCAUGGGAUGGUCAGUAUGAAAAAUCAUUCCAUCUCUUACGCAAAUUAAGGAGCACUACAUUUGACAGAAGACAAUUUCCAUUUGCAACUAUGUUGAGCAUUGCUGCAACUACUCAGAAUAUAGAUUUGGGAAGGCAAAUCCAUGCGCAGACAAUAGUGACAAAAUCAGAUUCAGAGAUUCAAGUAGGGAAUGCUCUAGUUGACAUGUAUGCAAAUUGUGACAGAUUAGAGGAAACAUAUGUCAUAUUUGCUAAUUUGGCUUAUAGUUCUGUUUCUUGGACAGCAAUAAUAUCCGUAUAUGUCCAAAAGGGCCUUUUUGAGGAAGCUGUAGAGUUGUUCAAGGAAAUGGCUAGACAAAGUGUUCAUGGCGACCAUGCUACUUAUGCAAGUGUUUUAAAAGCUUCGGCAAACUUGGCUUUGGUUUCACUAGGGAGGCAGUUACACUCGCAUAUUAUCAGACUGGGAUUGAUGUCUAAUGUUUUCUCGGGAAGUGCCCUCCUUGGCAUGUAUGCAAAAUGUGGGUCUAUAAGUGACGCGAUUAAGAUUUUCAAAGAGAUGCCUGAUAGAAACAUAGUCUCCUGGAAUGCAAUGCUCUCAGCUUAUGCUCAAAAUGGCGACGAUGAAGCUACUCUGAGGUCAUUUAAAGAAAUGUCUGAAUCCGGUCUUGAUCCCGAUUCAGUUAGUUUCCUCAGUGUCUUAACUGCUUGCAGUCAUCAUGGGCUAGUUAAAGCUGCACGAGAGUAUUUUAGUUUGAUGACCCAAUCAUAUAAUUUGGAACCAAAGAGAGAACACUAUACAACUAUGGUCGAUGUGCUGUGUAGAAAUGGACGAUUUGAUGAGGCCGAGGAAUUAAUUGCCGAAAUGCCAUAUGUGCCGGAUGAGAUCCUUUGGUCAUCAGUUUUGAACUCAUGCAGGAUUUAUAAGAAUCAUGAACUUGCAGGAAAGGCUGCCGACCAACUAUUUAAGAUGGACACGCUAAAUGCUGCUGCUGCUUAUGUUUAUGCCAAUGUGUCUAACAUCUAUGCAGAGGCUGGCCAGUGGAAUAAAGUAGCCACUCUGAAAAAGGGUAUGAGGGAAAAUGGAGUUAAGAAAGUAGCAGCAUGUAGUUGGGUUGAAAUUGACCAUGCAGUACAUAAAUUUACUGCAAACGAUAGAACCCACCCACAAGCUGAUGCAAUUAGAAAGAAAAUUGACUCGUUGGGGAAGGAAAUGGAAAAGGAAGGAUACAAGCCGGACACAAGCUGUUCACUACAAAAUGUUGAUGAAGAACUUAAGAUAGAUUCACUGAAGUAUCACAGUGAAAGAUUAGCUAUUGCGUUUGCUUUAAUCAGUACUCCAGAAGGAUCGCCUAUUGUAGUGAUGAAAAACUUGCGAGCAUGUAUGGAUUGUCAUGCUGCCAUCAAAAUAAUAUCAAAAAUUGUUGGGAGGGGGAUUAGUGUUCGAGAUUCAAGCAGAUUCCAUCAUUUUAGAGAUGGAUCAUGUUCGUGUAGAGACUACUGGUGACAUAGCUGGUCAUUUACAGCGUAGUUGUAAUACUUACGAAAUUCUAUGAUGUCCAUUACAAUCUCUGUACAUCCCUUGGAUUGAAGAUACUAAAUGAUAGCCUGAUAUCUGGCAAUGGUGGCAAUGACCAGAACUUACUAGUUUAGGUGGCAUGCCUUUGGAAAGAUAUUUUGCAGCUGAUUUUGGGAACAAUAAUAUUAUUCUGUAUGAUGGUUUGGACGGUAAAAAGUGGUUGCGUGAAGUCUACACUCUUCAAUCUGGAUACAAGAAAGCCGUAUUGAAGAAUCUCCUGUCAAAUCCGAAGUCGACUAUCGAUGAGAUGGAGGAUAGAGAAUUUAUUGAACUAGCAUAUCACGAUUUUCCACAUGAAAACCAUGCUCAAUUGUGUGAAAGCAUAUAUACUUUCACAAAUUGGUUGAACGAGUACUUCCUGAGCGCUGGAGUAAUCUUUGUCAAAAUCAGUACUGUUGAAUGAACUUGGCCAAUUGCUGAGAGAUUAUCAACGUUUGGUUGCCUAAACAAAAAUUGCGAAUGGAUGACGUCCCACAUUUGCUGGAAGAGUACAGAAAACUGUCGAAUAGUGGACAGUAAAUGAAUGCAUAGUAUCACAUCCACAUUAAAAUGAAUAAUGCAAACAUGUGAUGUUAUUGUUGGACUUUAUGUUCAAAAAGCACACCUAUUUAUAUAAGAAAUAUAGGCAAAGAUUGUCUAUUUUUUUGUUACUGGAAGUGUGAUACCUUACACAUCUUGUUGACUAAGUUUUUUCUUUUUUGGUUUUGGAUUGCUGACAAAAUUAGUUUUACUGAUAGUGCUGCAUAAAAAAGAAACAGUCCUUGCAUCCCAAAAUAAACUCAAUGUUAUUUUUACGAUAUGAAUUAAUG